ACAUGUGAUUACAAUCGAUCCGACAUCUAACGAUCUAUUUACACGAUAUUUACGUAAGGGGCGAUUCACCAAGGAUAAGUGCAAACUAUAAAAGAUGUAUCUAGCCAAAUAAGAUGAUCAGUUUCGCGCGGUACGAAUUCUUAAUAACGAUAAAAUAUGAGUAGAUCGAGUCUCUGCUUGCUGGCCAUUCUGGCCGUCGUGGUGGCCGCCACCGCCGAAGAAUUGUACUCUGACAUGUUCGAUCACAUCGAUCCCGAUGAAAUCUUGCCGAACGAUGAGCUUCGAAAUCAAUAUUACAAAUGCUUCAUGGACACCGGCCCGUGCGUAACGGAAGAUCAGAAAUUCUUCAAACAGCAUGCCUGCGGCAGCGAAGUUCGAUUGAUGCGAAACGUUCCGGAUAAAAAAAUCGAGACACGAUCGAGUUCUUUCUUCGCGUCAAAGUGA